GACCUCAGUGCUUGACACUCCGCGGAGUUCAAUACAAGAACCUCCUGCACCCAAAAAUCCUUUCCAACUGCCGACACAAGGACAUUCUAAACCUAAUAACUCUCGCCGAGUGUCAGUACAAGGGUCCGCCCCGCUCUCAGUGCCCAGCUCCCCCCGGGUAUCAGCUGAAAGAUCAGCUCCGCCCCUGGGCGCUCCCGGAGUAUCAGCAAAAGGGUUCGCCCCGCCCACAGUGCCCGGCUCCCCCCGGGUAUCAAAAGAAGGAUCGGCUCCGCCCCCGGGCUCCCCGGGGGAGUUGGUAGAAGGGUCCUUCCCACCCUUUGCCGUCCCCACUCCUGUGCCUACGACCCAGGAGAGUGUCAGCCAAAGCAUGGAGAAUCAAGAGAAGGCGAGUAUCGCGGGCCACAUGUUCGACGUGGUCGUGAUCGGAGGUGGCAUUUCAGGACUAUCUGCUGCCAAACUCUUGACUGAAUAUGGCGUUAGUGUUUUGGUUUUAGAAGCUCGGGACAGGGUUGGAGGAAGAACAUAUACUGUAAGGAAUGAGCAUGUUGAUUACGUAGAUGUUGGUGGAGCUUAUGUGGGACCAACCCAAAACAGAAUCUUACGCUUGUCUAAGGAGCUGGGCAUAGAGACUUACAAAGUGAAUGUCUGUGAGCGUCUCGUUCAAUAUGUCAAGGGGAAAACAUAUCCAUUUCGGGGCGCCUUUCCACCAGUAUGGAAUCCCAUUGCAUAUUUGGAUUACAAUAAUCUGUGGCGGACAAUAGAUAACAUGGGGAAGGAGAUUCCAGCUGAUGCACCCUGGGAGGCUCAACAUGCUGACGAAUGGGACAAAAUGACCAUGAAAGAGCUCAUUGACAAAAUCUGCUGGACAAAGACUGCUAGGCGGUUUGCUUAUCUUUUUGUGAAUAUCAAUGUGACCUCUGAGCCUCACGAAGUGUCUGCCCUAUGGUUCUUGUGGUAUGUGAAGCAGUGCGGGGGCACCACUCGGAUAUUCUCUGUCACCAAUGGAGGCCAGGAACGGAAGUUUGUAGGUGGAUCUGGUCAAGUGAGCGAACGGAUAAUGGACCUCCUCGGAGACCAAGUGAAGCUGAACCAUCCUGUCACUCAUGUUGACCAGUCAAGUGACAACAUCAUCAUAGAGACAUUGAACCAUGAACAUUAUGAGUGCAAAUACGUAAUUAAUGCGAUCCCUCCGAACUUGACUGCCAAGAUUCACUUCAGACCAGAGCUUCCAGCAGACAGAAACCAGUUAAUUCAGCGUCUUCCAAUGGGAGCUAUCAUUAAGUGCAUGAUGUAUUACAAGGAGGCCUUCUGGAAGAAGAAGGAUUACUGUGGCUGCAUGAUCAUUGAAGAUGAAGAUGCUCCGAUUUCAAUAACCUUAGAUGACACCAAGCCAGAUGGAUCACUGCCCGCCAUCAUGGGCUUCAUUCUUGCCCGGAAAGCUGAUCGACUUGCUAAGCUACCUAAGGAAAUAAGGAAGAAGAAAAUCUGUGAGCUCUAUGCCAAAGUGCUGGGAUCCCAAGAAGCUUUACAUCCAGUGCAUUAUGAAGAGAAGAACUGGUGUGAGGAGCAGUACUCUGGGGGCUGCUACACGGCCUACUUCCCUCCUGGGAUCAUGACUCAAUAUGGAAGGGUGAUUCGUCAACCCGUGGGCAGGAUUUUCUUUGCGGGCACAGAGACUGCCACAAAGUGGAGCGGCUACAUGGAAGGGGCAGUUGAGGCUGGAGAACGAGCAGCUAGGGAGGUCUUAAAUGGUCUCGGGAAGGUGACCGAGAAAGACAUCUGGGUACAAGAACCUGAAUCAAAGGACGUUCCAGCGGUAGAAAUCACCCACACCUUCUGGGAAAGGAACCUGCCCUCUGUUUCUGGCCUGCUGAAGAUCAUUGGAUUUUCCACAUCAGUAACUGCCCUGGGGUUUGUGCUGUACAAAUACAAGCUCCUGCCACGGUCUUGAAGUUCUGUUCUUAUGCUCGCUGCUCACUGGUUUUCAAUACCACCAAGAGGAAAAUAUUGACAAGUUUAAAGGCUGUGUCAUUGGGCCAUGUUUAAGUGUACUGGAUUUAACUACCUUUGGCUUAAUUCCAAUCAUUGUUAAAGUAAAAACAAUUCAAAGAAUCACCUAAUUAAUUUCAGUAAGAUCAAGCUCCAUCUUAUUUGUCUGUGUAGAUCAACUCAUGUUAAUUGAUAGAAUAAAGCCUUGUGAUCACUUUCUGAAAUUCAAAAAGUUAAACGUGAUGUGCUCAUCAGAAACAA